AUGAGCGUCAGAGGCGGGGGAGCCGGACAGGUGUCGUCGUUUCGUUCGCUAAAGCCCCUGGAUUUGAGGAGCGAGGAUUCGCGGAAAGCGGCGAUCCCGCUGGGGCCGGAGGGCGCCGUGCUGCACGGGCGGCUCGACAACGGCGUGACGUACUACGUGCGCCGCAACGCCAAGCCGCAGCACCGCGCAGCACUGGCGCUGGCGAUCCGCGUGGGAUCUCUAGCUGAGGAGGAGGCAGAACGAGGAGUGGCACACAUUCUGGAGCACCUAGCCUUCAGCGCGACGAGGCGCUACAGCAACCACGACAUCGUGCGCUUCCUCGAGAGCAUCGGCGCGGAGUUCGGCGCGUGUCAGAACGCGUACACGUCAGCAGACGAGACGGUGUUUGAGCUGCAGCUGCCCGUGGAUAAGCCCGAGCUGCUGCCGCACGCCAUCUCCAUUCUUGCUGACUUUGCCAGCGAGAUCCGGGUGUCAGAGGAGGACGUGGAGAAGGAGAGGGGAGCGGUGCUGGAGGAGUGGCGGGAGAGGAGGAACGCCAUGGGGCGCAUGCAGGACGCGCACUGGCAGCUGCUCAUGCAAGGCAGCAAGUACGCGGAGCGGCUGCCUAUCGGGCUGGAAUCAGUGAUUCGCGGCGUGCCAGCAGCGGCGGUGAAGCGCUUCUAUCACACGUGGUACCACCCCGCUAACAUGGCCGUGGUCGCUGUGGGGGACUUUCCCGAUGCUCAGGCAGUGGUGGCGCUGAUAGCAGAGUACUUUGCUGCCAAGCUGCCGCUCUGCCCCUCGGCGUGCUCUGCAGUGCCAGAGGAGCCCUUCCACCCGCACUCACAGCCACGCUUCUCCGUCUUCGUUGAAAGGGAGGCCGGCGGGUCAGCAGUGAUGGUGACGUGCAAGGCGCCUGUGCACGCAAUGGUGACGCCCAUGGACUACAGGCAGUAUCUGGUGGAGGAGCUGUUCCAGGCCGCCCUCUCGCACCGCCUCUUCCUGCUCUCCCGCCGCCCCAACCCGCCCUUUUACGCCGCUGCUGCCACGGUGGAGGCGCUGGUGAAGUCCUCGCGCUCCUUCUCGCUCAGCGCCAGCUGCCAGGACAAGGGCACGCUCAAGGCGCUGGAGGCGCUGUGGAUGGAGGUCGCGCGGGUGCAAGUGCAUGGCAUAUCAGACCGAGAGCUAGCGAUGGCGCGCGUGCAGUGUCUGGCGGACGUGGAGUCGGCCUACGUGGAGAGGGAGCAGACGUACAGCGAGGCUCUCCGGGAGGAGUACCUGGCGCACUUCCUCAAGGACGAGCCCUCGCCCGGCAUUGAGUACGAAGCCAGACUGGCCAAGGCGCUGCUGCCAGGCAUCACAGCGGCAGAAGUGGCAGCGGUGGCAUUGGAGAUGUCUCCCAGCAGCAGCUGCGUGGUGAAGAUCGUGGAGGCCAAGGCGCACGCCACCGUGGAGGCCAUCCAAGGCGUCAUCAACCGCGUGAUGCGGGCCAAGGAGGCCACUGUGGCUGCCAUGCGCGCUGACGAGGCUGCCAAGGCUGCUGUGGAGGCCAACGAGGCUGCUAAGGCUGAAGAGGCGAAGGGGGUUGCUGUGGAGGCGAAGGAGGCUGCUGACGCGGUGAGGGAAGAGGAGGAGUCGGCAGGAGCGGUGGAGAGUGGUGGAGGGGGAGGAGAGAAGAAAGGGGGAGGAGAGAAGAAAGGGGGAGGAGAAGAAGGGAAUGCUGAAAAGUCAGGAGAGGGAGGAGGAGAGGGGGAUGGUGGUUUAGAGGGUGGGGGUGGGGUGGAAGGGGGAGGAGAGGGGACAGAAGCAACAGCAACAACAGCAGCAGCAGCAGGAACAGCAACAGCUGCAGCAGCAGCAGCAGGGGGCGGUGAAGCAGCAGCAGCAGCAGCAGGGGGGGGUGAAGGUGAAGAAGCGGUGGAGCUGAUAGAGCCGUGGACUCUGGACGACAUUCCCGAGAGCAUCGUGCAGACACCACCAGUACCGGGGGAGGUGGAGGAGCGGAGGGAGUAUCCGGGUGUGGGAGUGACGGAGCUGAGGUUAUCCAAUGGCAUGCGCGUGGCGGUCAAAUGCACCGACUUCCUUGACGACCAGAUCCUAAUAUCUGGAUAUGCAUACGGGGGUCUCUCAGAGGUGUCUGAAGUGGACUAUUACACGGCGGCCAUGGCGCAGAGCAUAGCGGGGGAGGCGGGCAUAUUCGGCCACCCACCAGCUGUCAUGGCGGAGCUGCUGGCCGGCAAGCGCGUGGAGGUGGGCGGCAAGCUGUCGUCCUACAUGCGCGUGUUCUCGGGGGAGUGCUCCCCGGACGACCUUGAGACGGCUCUGCAGCUGGUGUACCAGCUGUUCACGUGCAGCAUCAGGGCAGAAGCCAAGGACAUAGCGCUGAUCAAGCAGAUGACCAGGGAGGCCGUGCGCGGGCAGCAGCGCGACCCCUUCGCUGCCUUCGCCAACCGCGUGAGGGAGAUCAGCUACGGCCGCAGCUACCAGUUCAAGCCAAUCACGGAGUCGGAUCUGAGGCGCGUGGAUUACAGCAGGGCGUGUGAGUACUUCGGGCGGGCGUUCAAGGACCCGUCGCCCUUCACUGCUGUCAUUGUCGGCAGCACACGCCUAGAGCAGGCGCUGCCCCUCAUAAAGCAGUACCUGGGCGGCAUCCCGGUGCCCCCGCCACCAGCCGCCAUGCCACGCUACGAGCGCGACUCGCUCACGGCGCUGCCCUUCAAGUUCCCCGACUCCCUCAUCCGGGAGGAGGUGAGGAGGGUGAUGGUGGAGGCGCAGGGCUACACGCAGAUCACCUUCCCACUCAACAUCCCGGCCAGCCCCAAAGUCGUGGAGGAAACCAUGUGGGUGGGCUUCCUGACGAAGCUGCUGGAGACGCGGGUCAUGCAGCUGCUGCGAUUCAAACACGGCCAGAUCUACACGGUGUCGGCAUCGUCCUUCCUGGGGGGGGCGCGUCCGUCCCGCGAUGGCGGGGUGAGGGGGGACCUGGCAGUCGCAUUCUCCUGCGACCCCACCACCGCCUGGUCGCUCGUGGACCUGAGCGUGGCGGAAAUAGAGCGAGUGCAGAGGGAGGGGCCGGAGGAAGCAGACGUGAAGACGGCACGGGAGCUGGAGCAGCGAGCGCACGAGAUGGGGCUGCAGGAGAACUCCUUCUGGCUCGACCGCGUCGUCAGGGCGUACCAGACGCGCCUGUACGACGGCAACGUGGACGAGUCGUUUCAGGCACUGGAAGACAUUCGCCUGCGUCUCAUCAGCCAGCUCAGCACUGACUCAGUCCGCACCAUGCUGACUCAGCUACUCCCAGUGCCAUGCUCCAAGCAGUACACAGCUGUCAGCCUCGUGCCAACUCAGCCCCUGUGGCGCCGCCUGCUGUCGCUGCCGCCCAAGCAGAACCCAGGCCUCACUUCCGAAUCCAAAGUGAGCUUCUAUUCCACAACCGCACCUUAUCUCAUCGCUCGUGCUCCCAUCUGA